AUGCUUGUAAAAUCGCCGGCAUGUGGCUAUCAGCCCAUCCCCUUUGCUAGUCUCCUUUUUUCUUUCUUACAUCCUUUUUUCUUUCCUUAUUUAUGUCUUUCUGGCCUUCAUUCUUUCUUUCUUUCUUUCUUUCUUUCUUUCUUUCUGGCCUUCUCUCUCUCUUUCUCUCUCUCUCUCUCUCUCUCUCUCUAUUUCUUCAUUCAUUCAUUCUUUCUGACUUUCUGGCCGUCUCUCUCUCUCUCUUCUCUCUCUUUCUCUCUCUUUCUCUCUUUCUAUUUCUUUUAUUUUUUUCUUUCCGUCCGACUGUCUUCGUCAUCUUUUUCUUUCUUUGUUUCUUUUUCUAUUUUUUCCUUUCUUUAUUUACGUCUUUCUCACCUUCUUUCUUUAUUUCCAUAUAACUGGCUUCCCCUCUUCCUCUCUUUCUUAUUUAUUUUUUUAUUGUCCAUCUGUCUGUUUUUCUACUUUUUUGCUUUCCGUCUUAGACACCAAGCCACAGAAGUUAGCAGCACACUGAAAACUAAAGUGAAAAACGCGGCGUCGAUUUUACAGCAAAGAAAACUGUUACAGCGAAACCUUCGCAACUUACAGCAGCACACGCAUACACGAGAGAUUUUAUCCAGUUAUCGUUCUCGGUUACAUUCACUCCCGACACCUGAAGCUCUUCGCAAUGUUUUGCCAUACAUGAACGAACGCAUGAGAAAACGUCGCUGUUUCGCGGAUAGAGAACUAGAGGUCGUCAUGUUUGAGCGGGAAAGGCAAGCUGAGAUUGUAGCCAAAACAAAAAGUAAUGCUGCCGCCGCCGCCGCAGCAGCAGCAGCAGCAGCAGCAGCAGCAGCAAACUGUUCAACGUCUCUGGGGGUCAGUGGGGCUUUUCCAUUCCCACUGGCAGCUACAAAUUUGUACAGUGUUCCCUCGGACGGUACACAACCACGCCAUCCUUUAAGCAACUAUAACCCCAAAGAAUUUCUUCUUCGAAUCUUUCCAAGACUCAAUCCGAACGUUCUGGAACUGGUUUGGCAAGGGUGUGGAGGGAACCUCGAACGAGCCAUUGAACAGCUUGCGUCUGGAAUGCACUCAAGACUUGGGUCCCCUGGUUCAAAUUCCCAAACAACUCCAAUUGGUCACUGCCCUCAGACUUUAAACGGACAGAGUGUACUGGGGCAUUACCCUACGGGUCUCCCAUUUCAGAUCGUCCAUCUGCAACCAGAACCACAAACCCCUUCUCAUUUCCUGCAUCAUUCAUCCACCUCCCCGCCUCCCUCUCCAUCUUCUCCUCCCCUGCUGCACAUCACAGCUCCUCCCUGUUCUACAGCCGCUGAUCUAUCAUGUUCCUCUGCAGCGUCGUCUCCAAACUCUAACCCACCGCCAUCGCCCUCUGCUACAUCUAACCACCUCCAGAAUUUACAAAAAUCGCUCGACUACCAAUUGCUGGCCUUAAACCUCCACAACGGUGGACGCGUCAAAGAAUUUCCGGUGACUGUUCUCCAACAUGGUGGCACUGGACAUCACAACAUCAGAGGCAUUAACUCCAUCGGCAAUGAAAGCAACGACAUGGUGUCGAUGUCGUUCAAUUCAAACAGAAAACAGUCGGCUUUUACAAAAAGCAACCAGAAAAAUUUAUGUACAACUGAUGAACUUUUACAGCGGAAGUCCGCUUUUGAAAGUUUGUUGACGUCAUCUAAAAAUACGUAUACGGCAAACGAAAGGAUCUUACUGAACUGUAGCAAUCGGAAAAGCGAUACAGAAAAUUUGAAUGGUAUUCGUCAUAAGAGAAACAGUUCCACCGAGGAUGCAGUCAAAGAGGCACCAAAAGUCCCACUGAAGUUUUCAGUGGCUUCUUUAAUAGGGGAAUGA